AUGGCCACUUCCAAUAAGGUUGUCAACCCAAUCGAUCCGGACUUUCACGGGUAUCUUGAUCCCGAUUUCAUUGAAUACUACAAUACAAGACUCGCUAUACGUCCUGCAACUGACCAAGUGGUCUUCGCCGACGUUCGUAAAAACCCAGAAAGGUUCCGAGGAAACUGGUGCCGUGACUUCAGCGAUCAGCCUCGUGUAACGACUUUCGAAAUCUCGUCAGAGGAUGGCACUAAAUUCAAGGCACGGAGCUACCACCCUGACCCCGAAAGGUAUGGCCCGGGGCCGUAUGCAGUUCACAUAAAUUAUCAUGGUGGGGGUUUCUGUUUCGGAGACCUCACAGAAGAUGCUCAAUGGUGUAUGCUGAUGUGCGCAAGAGUGGGAAUUAUUAUUGUUGAUGUUGACUACCGUCUCUGUCCAGAGAGCAGAUAUGGAAAAGGGAUUGAAGAUGGUUGGGCCGCGCUGAAAUGGGUUUACACACACAGCAAGGAAUUAAACUCCCGUCCCGGUUCCAUCUCAAUUGGUGGAGUGUCUGCUGGUGCCUUCAUGAGUUGCGUUUACCAACACAUGGCCCGCGAUGCAGGCCUGAAGCUAAAGCUAGCAAUCCUUUGUGUUCCCACGGCACAGAGCCGUACAACAUUUAACCAACCGGAAGACUCGGGUUUUUUAUCAUAUAUCGAGAACGCAAAAGCACCUUGCCUAAAUUGGGGGCGCUUAAUGUACCUCAGAGAUGUGGUUGGCGAUCGAUCAAAAGUUCCAAAGUUAUGGAGUGAGCCACUUCAUGAAGAGAACUUUGCGGGAAUAUGUGAUACUUUCAUAGCAACUGCUGGUGCAGAUCCAGUGAGGGAUGAAGGCGAGGCGUAUGGGUUAAAACUUGUGAAGGCAGGUUGCAGGGCCACUUUCCGACGAUACACUGGUGUACCUCAUACUUUCCAGCACAUGGGUGAGCUGGAGAAGACAAAAUUAUAUAACGAAGACACCUGUCUAGCUCUGAAGAGUGCACAUGAUCCUUCAGAUGUUCAUAAGUAA